GAACGACCAAUGCGUAGUGGCCAUGGUGUUGGACCUUUCGUAUAUCACAGCCCCGAUGGUCAAUCAAUCAGACCUACCUUUCCGAACGCUCUCUCACAAAUACGGGGCUACACUCACGUAUACUCAAAUGCUCCAGCCUGAAAAGUUGGUCAAUGACAAGGAUUACCUCGAAUUCCAUCUCCGCGAUCUUUCCCAGCGGCCCAAGGAUCAUCAAGUCGUGGUACAGUUGUGCGGAAACGACCCGGACGUUGCGGUAGAUGGAGCUCGCAAGAUUCAAGACCAUUGCGACGGAGUUGAUUUAAACCUCGGUUGCCCCCAGGAAGCUGCACGGGAAGGUCACUUUGGUGCUUAUCUUCUCGGUCAAAGGGAUUGGCCUGUCGUUGAACAAAUAGUCAGUUCUCUUUCCCAUUCUCUGGCUGUCCCGGUUUCAGUGAAGCUCAGGCUAUGCCAACCGGUCGAAAAGACUUUAGCGUUGGCUCAGAGGCUUGAAGCAGAUGGAGCAUCCUGGAUCACACUACAUGCCCGGACAGUGUCAGCGCGUCGUAGAAGAAAUGGACCAGCGGAUCUCUCACAGGUGAAAGCUCUUAAGGAGACUCUUCGGGUACCAGUAAUCAGCAAUGGCAACGUUCGCGUGUUCAGAGAUAUCCAAAGUAACCUCGAUUUUACUGGGGCGGACGGUGUAAUGGUUGGCGAGACGCUACUUGGAAACCCAUGUAUCUUCUCUGGCACUAUACCAGAUCCAGUGGACAUCUCCCUGGAGUACUUGCAACUAUGUCGUGAUUACCCCGACACAGCGACCUUUCCUACCAUCCAAACCCAUAUCAGACAUUUCGUAGACUUCCAAUGUGGCCGAAAACCAUGGUACCAGAAAUUUCGCGCGGCUCUUGGUACAUGCUGUGAUGUUGACGACGUAGAGCGGAUGCUCAGAACAAAGGUUGAGCGUUGGAGGGGAAAGCCUGUCAGAUUCGACAAUGACUCCGAUAUAGACGAGGACAGUUUACCAUCUGGCAGUGCAGAUAAUGUGGACCUGUCGUUACACAGUUGAUAUUCGUGGAUGGUAUCGUUGUACUUUUCAGGUUGAACCAGCGCUCUACAUCAGAUAAUUUUACAAGAAGACAUCCAUAUUUGGUGGCCAGCGUUCGUUGCUAUCAAGACAUUAUAAUAAUCAAUAUUCAUGCAGGCCUC